AUGGCAGACUCUGCGGAGACUUCAGGCCACCAGCCUUUGUCGGUGGACAAUUUAACAAGAAAAAACCAAAUGGAGGCGUCUCUGUCGGCGAUAGACGAUGAAGAUGUUGAGCUUGAUGACCGCAGCUCUUACUCUUCCAGCAAGCUUGCUCGGUCGGACUCGUCGCUGUCUGUGUCGUUCAUCGACCUCUCGAAGCUCUUGUUGAUGCCCGACUUCGACUUUGGCAACGGCUUCGACCAUGUGAGUGACUCCACGAAGAAGAAGUUCAAGGACAUGAAGGAUAAGACAAGACAGACGUUCAAGAAGUUCACCCCCGACGGCAAAGUCAGCUCCCGUAAGUUCACGGCGCAGGAAUUGGCAAAGUACCAGGAGUCGCUACAUGCUCGGUUGACGAAGUUUGACAAUAGAGUGCACGAGAGUUUGCAGAGCUCUUCGACCGAGAAGUUGUUCUAUGCUGCUGCGGUGGCCUUGGUGGCUAGUGGCGGCUUCAUUAUUGGAAAAUACCCGAUUUACUUUCCAGUAUUCCACACGGUGCUUUUCUGUUUGCUCAUGCCGAUUCGUUUCUACACCUACUUCAAGUUGUCGUUCCAGUACUACCUUGCAGACUUGUGCUACUACGUCAACUUGUUGGUGGUAUUAUUUAUUUGGGCUUUUCCUCAGUCGGAGUCUCUUUUCAUCUCAUGCUUCUCCUUGACUUUGGGCACCCUUUGCUUUGCUGUCAUCACCUGGCGCAACUCUCUUGUGCUCCAUUCCAUCGAGAAAACCACAAGUUCCUUCAUCCAUAUCAUGCCUCCCAUCACUAUGUUCGUGAUCGUGCACGAGCUUCCAGAAGCCUAUGUUGCCGAGAGGUACCCUGGCAUGGCUAAUAUCGAGAAAUGGGAUUUUGCCAAUGGUGUGGUGUGGACAUGCAUUUACUAUACCAUCUGGCAAGUGUGCUAUCAUUACUUCAUCACCGUGCGCAAGAGGGCUCAGAUCGCCAAGGGCAAAGUCACGUCUUUUACUUACCUCAAACACAAAAAUAGUGAUAGCGUGCUUGGCCGUUUUGUCAACUCACUUCCCUACACGUGGAUGCAAAUUGCUGCUUUCACCUUGAUCCAGUUUGGCUACCAGAUGCUUACCAUGCUACCCUGUCCGAUCUGGUUCAAGUAUAAGCAUGCGUGUGGCGGCUUCGUCGCCUUCAUAUUCGUUUGGUCUGCCUACAAUGGCGCCACGUACUACAUUGAGGUUUUCGGUAAGAGGUUUGAGAAGGAAGUGAACCGUCUCAAGAGCGAGAUUAUGGACUUGCAGCAAAAAGUCGAGCGUCAAGAGAAACUGACCCCACAGUUUCUGCCCUUGAACGGAAGUACCCUUUCAAGCACCGACAACAUUGCGGAACUCAAUCUUCUGGAGAAGAAAGAAAAGUAA